UUCAUGCUAACUGAAUCAUGACACAGUCUUUUAAGUCAGAGGUCAUAAAAUGACCAAAAGCCAAAGGGUUAUUAUGCGUUUAUGACAUGUUGUCAAUGAUGACUGGCAGCUGGAGCGAUUAGAGACAAGCAACAUUUCAGUUGAGGAGCUGAGUCUUGGAAAGGUUAGAGGAGCUCUUCUCCAGCUUGAACAUGGCCAUGGAGUUGACAAGAGUGGCCAUCUUGGCUCUCUUUCUGUUGCUUGACUUUGGAUUGUCAAGUGCCAAAGUUGAGGAGGAGAAUCCGGAGUUCUGGAGGUCACAGGCCCAGAAGACUUUGCAGUCAGUGUUGGACAGGGAGCUCAACACCAAUGUGGCCAAGAACAUCUUGUUUUUCCUUGGUGAUGGUAUGGGAAUCACAACCUACACGGCAGCCCGUAUCCUCAAGGGACAGCUGCAGAAUCAGACCGGAGAAGAGACAGUGAUGACCAUGGACACCUUUCCAAGCGUGGGACUAGCUAAGACCUACAGUGUAGAUUUCCAGAUUGCUGACAGUGCAGCCACAGCCACAGCCUAUCUAUGUGGAGUGAAAACCAACCUGAACAUCAUCGGAGUUGGUGCAGCGGCUCGCAACGGAAUCUGCAAGUCUCAGAAGGGCAACGAGGUCACAUCCAUUUUGAAAUGGGCCAAAGAUGCUGGCAAGUCUGUUGGCAUCGUAACAACCACGCGGGUGCAACAUGCCACCCCAGCAGCCAGCUAUGCUCACAGCGCCAGCAGGAAAUGGUACAGUGAUGCUGAUAUGCCUGAUGCUGCCAAGAGGGACGGCUGCACUGACAUCUCCUCCCAGCUCCUCAAAAACAUCGACAUAGAUGUGAUCAUUGGUGGCGGUAGAAAGUACAUGACCCCUACGGGCACAAAGGACCCAGAAUACCCCUGGGAUUUCUCCUCCAGGGGCAAAAGGAAAGACGGACGUAACCUCAUCAAUGAGUGGCAGAGCAUGAAAACUGGAAAGAUAGCCCGCUAUGUGUGGAAUAAAACUGAUUUUGACGCUGUUGACCCUGAAACUACAGACUACCUCAUGGCUCUUUUUGAACCAGGAGAUCUGCGCUUUGAGGAGGAUAGGAACCCAGAAAUGGACCCGUCUAUCGUCGAAACUACAGAAAAAGCCAUCCGCAUCCUCCAGAAAAACCCUAAAGGUUUCUUCCUGCUCGUGGAGGGUGGGCGUAUUGACCAGGCUCACCACGCUGGCCGGGCGUUCAUGGCCCUUCAUGAGACGGUUGCUUUCGACUAUGCCAUCGCCAAAGGCCUUGAACUCACAAAAGAGCAUGAAACUCUCACUAUAGUGAUGGCUGACCACUCACACCCUCUGACCUUCAAUGGAUUCCCAUUUCGAGGGCAGGACAUCCUGGGUAAAUCUCCCCUGUGGGGCACAGACAUGCAGCCUUACACCAUACUGAUGUAUGGCAACGGACCUGGAUACAAAAUCAUCAAUGGCACACGCCCGAACAUCCGCAAUGUCAACACUAAAAGUAAAGACUACAUCCAGCUGUCUGCUGCCCCCGUAAUUACGACCACCCACAGUGGAGAGGAUGUCGCAGUGCUUGCCCGUGGACCCAUGGCCCACCUGUUCCAGGGUGUCCAGGAGCAGAACUACAUUGCCCACGCCAUGGCCUAUGCUGCCUGCGUGGGUGCCGACCAGAGGCACUGCCAGGGACAAACUGAAGCACCUGUGGUUUACACCACCCUCACCAACGACAAGAACGGAGCAGCUCGUAGCUACCCAGCUUUGUUCAGUAGCCUUGUCAGUGUGCUGCUGGCACUCACAGUGCUGAUGUAAGAUCCCUUUUACGCACUGAACCCUACUGAUCUCAGUCCACUUGCCACAUCAGGGAGAUCAGAGGUCAGGGUCAUAUAAGAGCUGGCAGGGAUUCAGUGACUUGCUCAGGGAUACUUUAGCAGGCAGAUAUGUGUGUGUGUGUGUGUGUGUGUGUGUGUGUGUGUCUGUGUGUGUGGCUUCUUGAACCAGGGUUAUGUUGUCACAAACUAAGAUUUAAAGUUUUCCUGGUUUUAGAAAAUAAGAGAAAAGUAAUCUUUACUUUGCCACUCUACUGAAUCCCCAUGUCAAACCAAUAAAGGGCUUCUUAAACAGAGAACUGGUGUGUCAAUAUAUUCUAUCAGUGUAAUGUAUUAAAAUGUAUCCCUCCUUCUGAUAUUCUACAAA